CCAGCCCCAGGUGGGGUGGACAACAAGUGUUUCUAUCGACACACACGAAUGCAUCACACGCAGCACGCACAACUAGGCCGGCCGCAGGGUGCCGAUCUGACACGACUCGUCUUCAUCGUCGCGACGCUCUCCACCCUUCAACCCAGCCACCCCCUCCCCCCUCUCCGCAUCCGCGAGGCUCUUGCCACACCUGUCGCUUGACCGCAGGAAGGGCCGUGACGGGAAGGGCGACACACCUGGGUGGUACUGGUCGAAUCGCCUCACUCGGACAUUGCUCUGCACAAGGAGGAAGGACAGAGCGGAAAAGGGUGGUGCAUGUGGAUGUGUGUGGGUGAUGACGUUGACGGGCGGGCGAGCGUCCGCGUACAUUCUGCAGGAGGGGCACCGAGCCGCUGUCCAGGUCGUAGUCCAAGGCAUAGAUCACCUCCGUAAUGCCCUGAAGGACAGACAAAAGACACUCAUGCACACACCUCCGUCCGUCAUCUCUCUCUCUCUCUCUCUCACACCGCCUGUAUGAUGAGCUUGGCGCAUCCGAGGCACGGCGUACAGGUCACAAACACCAUCCCACCCACACACCGCUCGCGACCUGUUGAUGGGAGAAACGACAGACAGAAGCAUGGUUGGUGGCCUUGUCUUGUCUCUCCCUCUCGGCCCGCCCAUCCCAUCCCAUCCGUGCCCCCACGCCCGCCCACCAGCCUCCAGCAGCGCAUUGGCCUCAGCGUGCAUGCACAGGCAUAUCUCUAGCGCCUGCCCCUGUGCAGUGGCCGCAUUGCACCGCCUGCAGCCGCCCUCGUUGCAGUUGGUCACACCGAAGGGGGUGCCGUUGUAGCCCGUCGAGACGACCUUCUUGUUCUUGACCACUAAGGCGCCCACACUGACAUGAAUGAACGGCACAUCUACACAUGUGUGUGAUGCGUGUGCCCGCUGUGGCUACCUUUUCUUCAUGCAGUUUGAUCGAGACGCUGCAAGGAAGGCCAAUCUCAUGAAGUAGGUGUCCCACGAAGGCCUCGUCAGCUCUGGAUUCAGCAGAUCCAACGCUGCACAACGGGGGGACGCACUCACAGCGGGCUGACGCGCAGAAAGAGAUUGACACGAGCAUCGUCCCUUGCUGACCAUCUAGUGACUCUGCCAGGUGCUGUAAGGAGCCGCCGUUGACGAGCUCAAUAUCGGCUUCUGACAUGCCUGCACCGACAGAUCAGAUCACACAAAUGUGGUGACACAUGCGCGGAGAGCAUCAGUGCGUACAGAAUGCAACGGAUGCUCCCAUUCCCGUUGGGCCCUGCUGCGGACCAGCUGCACCGAACUCAACCUGCAUGGCCACACACACAGACACACACACACACAGGCACACAGGGAUGCAGGUAUUACACUGACACGCCUGUCCGAACGGCCCUUCGCCUACUUGGUCUUGUUCCCUCAGGAACGACAGCAUCUUCUCAGCAUCCACAUCGCUCACAUCUCCGUGGAUGCUCUUUGAAACAGAUCGAUGAUCUAGGCUACCAUCGUCGCCCUCCUGUGCGAUGCUCCGUGCGAGGCGUGUCAGUAUGGGUGCCUUGACGGCCAUCUGGUGUAGCAAGGCCUGAUACAUUCAAGAGGCUCUGAUAGCUUGUGCCGCAUACCAGCAGGAAGAACGGCCGCCGCCUGCAAACAACCAUCAAUCACACGGGCAUGGGAAUGGCAUUGCGUACCUUUGUGCGUGUGUGUGUGUGUUUUCUGUUGUAUGCGUACCUGAAGAUCUGCAUCUCCUCCCGUAAAGUGAUGGGAAAGACCACGUGAGGCGUCUGCCAACGCUGCAUUACUGAAACCACAACAGCACAGCACGCCAUUGACGCCUUCGAGGACCAUCUGUGUGCUCUGCCUACUUCGCUCGAGCGCCUCGUGAGCCGCCUGCUGCGCCAGAUCCAUCGCAGACCUGUCCUCUGACGCAUCCGCCUGUCCUCCGCCAUCUACUUGGCCAUCGUGGACGCCGUUGCAUGCCCUCAUCUGGUCCUCUUGGCCACCGCAUGCAUCGCAUCCUUUGCGCUCGAGUUCACGUCCGAGCUGCUUCAAGUUCAGCGCGACGAAGCCCCUUUCUUCUUCGAGCAAACGGGCAACAGUCGCCUUGCCACUCUUGGGAGGCCCGCACAGGCCGACAAUCACCAUCUCUCACUCAUCCCAGCUUGCCUCCCCCGGAAAACGGGUGUCGUGCAUCGCUCCCCCCUCGCGGAG